AAACAAAUAAAAAGUUAUGAAUUUAAAAAUGAGUGUUAAAAUGAAAAGAAAUGACUAUUAACAACAAAUAUGGAUUAUAAAAAAGAUGCGAUUUACACGUAUUGGGUACAAUACACAACAAAGGUAUUCGUCUUUUCAAUAUUCUUUUAUACAAUUUGAAUUGUUAAGUUAAUUUUUUAGUGUUAAUUAUUAAUUGGAAAAAUAGAUACAAUUGAAACUAGUUUUAUUAUUCUAACAGAACUUGAUUUCCGUAAUUGUUUUAACAUUGUAUUUGCCAAUCAAUUUUGUAUAAAUUAAAAUAUGGGCAUUUUGUAUUAGCAUGUAUCUAACAGCUGUUUAUAUUAAAUUCUUAAAAGAAAUGGACUAUGUAUAUAUUUAAAGAAAAACUAUUAUCUUGUUAUGAAGUAGGUAUGUAAUUAUUAAUACACAUCUAUUUUUCCACAAAAAUAAGUUGAGAAUUAUAAUCUAUGAAUUUUUUUAAAUAUUUAUUUAUAUUAAUGAAUUAAUUGAAUGUUGAUUAAAAUCAUUGAUUUCAUUAUUGAAUCAGUUAUUAUUAAUGCCAAAAAUUGCAAUUUAUACAAAUUUGUUAUAAAAAAUAACUUUAAAUUUAUACUAUGACGACAGACUUAAAUCAAUAACAAUCAUGUUUCUUGAUUUAUAUAAAAUGCAGUUUUAUUAAUAAGUAAUUAGUAUAUUAUUAGGUAUAGGUACCUAGGUUCUAUAUAUAAACUUGUAUAUAUAGGUACCUAAUAUUUUGUAUGGAACUCAGGAUUUUCUAAAUUAUACUGAUUUUCCUAGGUUUAUGAUAUAAACCAGAAAAGUAUAUCCUAGAAAUGUUGAUUAUAACUUUUUAAUGCAAUUUUUUUUUUUUAGAAUGAAGAAGCCUCUUUCAGGCAAUUUAUUUGUGGGUUUGUUGCUAUAUGGGAGACAAAAUUAAAUUUAAAAUGGAUUAAUACUGAUAUUUGUUUACCAUCUACUAUUGACCCUGAAGCAGGACCUUCAUUAUCAAGAUUACCCGAUGAACUAUUACCAGCAAUUGCAAAAUUUUUGUAUAUUGCUAAAGAUAACACAGAAAAAGUAAUUAUCAAUACGCAUGUAUAAUAGUAUUAUGAACUAAAUAAUAUAUAUGUAUUGAAUAUUGUUUUAAAAUAGUUUCCAUAUUUUUUCAUUUUCAGAAUGAAUUGUCAGAACAAAAUAUUAUUGAAGCCGAGUAUUUAAUACGUUGUUUAAUUGUGAUUAGCAGAAAUUUUUAUAACAUUCCAUUGUUAACAUCUUGUGAUUAUAUUAAAGAAAGUACAUCUGUAGCUAUUAACUUUAUACAUAAAGUAAGUGAAUAAUACAUAUUAAAUAAUAUGAAUUAAUUAAGAAUUGAAUAAACUAUAUUAUAAUAUUUAUUUUUGUAUAAUAUUGUGCAUUGUAGCUCACUUCUAUUAACCAACAAUGUGAUGAAACUACAAAGUCUUCAUUAUUAUCAUUUUGUUAUUCACUUUGUCAUUUUCUGGAAUGUUUAUAUGAUCCAUAUCAAAUAUGGCGUUGUUUUGAUUCAUCUCAAAUGAAAGAUUUAGAUAUGUCAAAACUUCAGUAUUCUCCUUCUAUGCUACAUGUAGAAGUUGUACCAUUUAUUUUUGGUACGUUUGAUUUUAAUAUUAAUACUAUUAUGUUUUUGUGGAUAUUGAUGGUUUCUCUUUUGUUUUUAGAUUGUUUUGAAACAAAUUUAGCAAUUAAAUAUCCUCUAUUAGCUGCAGAGCUUUUAAAUGUGUUUGGAGCAAUUGUCUGUGGGUCGCAGGUAAAUAUUUAAACAAUUUAAACUCUUAUACAAAUUCUAGUUAUUAUGUGUAUUUAGCUUGGGAUAUUAAUACUUAUUUAAUGUGAAUGUUUAUUUGUAGCUCUAUUUUAAAAUUUUAUUUUUGUAUUUAUUUUUAACGUGUGUUGGUAUUAGUUACUUCUUCUACAGACAUUUGGAAUGGACAAUGUUAUGUUGUUCGUAGUAAUGUGCUGGUGAGUGUGGCUUUGGUGAUACAAAUUCAUUGAGCAAUUCAUAACAAUGAACGUAUACACUAUUUAUUAAUAACAUUGCUUAAAAACAUAAAACUAUUUUAUUUUUAUAAUUUAUUUUUUCAAGUGUAUUAACUGCCUGGUUACUAAUUUUGACAAUUAAUUUAAAAUCGAUAAAAAUAAAAUAAAUUAAUUUUAAAUUAUAAUUGAUAUAAUUAUGUUAAAUGUUAAAUUUUAAUUUAUUACUAUGCAUAUUAUAGUUUAAUAUCACAUAGUGUAACUAAUCUAGCAUUCAUAUUAUUAUUUCUUAAACUGAAUAAGUAAAUACAAUUAAUUAUUAAUUUGAAAGUACUAUAUUUAACAUUUUUUAAAUGGUUUUUUGUAAUCAUAAAAUAAAUAUUUAUUUAUGAAAUUAAAAGUAAUAAUAUAUUUUAUGAUAACCUUUAUUAAUGUGGAACAUUUUUUCCAAAGUUUGGCUCUAUCCUUUCUUCUUGAUAUUAAGUUACAAGUCAUUCAUAAGAAAAUAUAUAAAUAUUGAAAAUCCAUAAUCACAAUUUCUAUAAUUUGCCUUUGAAAUUAACAUUUUUUCAAAAAACUGACAAUUCGAUAAUAAAAAACUGUUAAUUAUUUUAAAGUUAAAAAUGAAUACAGUUUUCAGUUUUAUAUAAAAAAUAUAUUUUACUGAGCACCAUUCAGAUUAGUUUUUAUUUUAUCCUCAAUGAUUUAUCAUUACUUUUAGUUUACAGGGUGAUCAAUCUAUUGUAAGACAUUCAUUAUCUCGGAAAGUAUUUACUUUUUUUGGAAUUUAUUUUGUAGAAUAUUAAAGAAACGAACAGCUUAACAAUUUAAUAUUUAUAUUAAUAUUUUAUUUUCGUCACUCUUAUUUUUGAGAAUAAAAAGAAACUACCUACUUUUGAUUUUUUAGAUGAAGUAUUAGUUAAUAUAAAUUUAGAUGUUGAAAUUUUUGAUUUAUGUCAAUCCAUUGACAAGAUAUUCUAUUUUUAAGUUUGGUUCAGGGGCGAGUAGUGGUGUAUUAUUAAAAUGUCUUAAGUUGUGCUGGCACACAAAUGAUGCUCCAUUACUCUUCCGGAUCCAAACUUAAAAGUAGAAUAUCUCCUCAAUGGAUUGACGGAAAUUAAAAAUGUCAGCAUUAAAACUUAUUUUAAUUAAUACUUCAUCUAUUAAUGAAAUUUCUAAUAUAGGUUGCCAUUUCAAAAACUAAAAGUAGGUAGUGUUUUUACCUCAAAAAAUAAGGGUGUCAAAAAAUAAAAUAAAUACUUUCUGAGAUAAUGGGUGUCUUAUGAUAACUUUCCAUCUACUAAAAUGGUAAUCUAUGAUGGAAAUAUGCUUGGCUUUUUACUUAAUGUUUGACAUAUUGAUUAUAUAGAUUGCAAUUUUGUCUUUUUUUCUAAUAUAUAUAUAAAUAUUUUAAUUGCACGUUUUUGUAAAUGUUAUUCAUCACAUUUUUAAAUACCUAACAUAUAACAUUUGAAUAUUUAUAUUUUAGAUUAUUAAUAAUACAAACCAGUCUGGAUAUGGAUAUUCAUUUUAUUUAGUUAUUGUAAGCUAGUCUUGUAUGUUGCAUUUGGUUUUAUAUAAAAACAAAUUAUUUAAUAAUUCAAUCAUACCUAUUAUAAUUCAUUUUUUGUUUUAAAUUAUAAAUUUAAUAAAUUCAUUUGUAAAGAUUAAUCAGAAUUAUUAAACAUUUAAUUUUUUUUUAUUACUAAACAUUAUUUAGUUAUCUUUAUUUAUUUAAUUUUAAACUGUUUUAUUAUACAAACAAAUUAUAAUAUAUAGGUAUAUAAGUAUAUUAUACCUACAUUUAUUUUGUUCUGUAUGUUUUAAUUCUCUGCAUUUAAUUUUAUAUACAUACAGAUAUAAAUUUUAUAAUAUAGGUAUAGAUACAGAUUUGAAUAAUAUUUAUUAUUUGCAAAAUAGUGAGCACAUUUAGUGAUUACAUCUUAAGUAUGAAUUAAUAGAAAAAUAGAUUAUACAUAAUUAAUUAUUUCAAAAAAAUAUUCAUUUUGCGUUUAUAUUACUUUUUUAAAAAAUUAUUUUCUUAGUGUUUUUUUUUUGAAAAUGAUUUUGAUGAAUACUUACAUACAAUUAACAUGUAUAAUUUUGUAUUUUAGCAUAAUGCACUUCGUGGUGUAAGUCCUCCAACUUGUACUUUAAUUAUGAAAGUUAUAUCAGAUAAAAACAUUCCAUUAGUGGUAAAAACAACAGCUUUAAGAUGCUUUGUAACUAUCACUCAAGUAAUGAUACAAUUUCCUCCACAUCAAGUAAUAUAUUUUUUUUUAAAAUUAAUAAUAUUGUGUUUAAUUGUAUAUAUAUAUAUAUUUAAAAAGAAUACGGUACAUUGGUGUGUUUAUUUUAUAUAUUAGUGUCAAUUAGAUGUGUAUACUCAAAUAGAAUGUUUAAGAGAUACAUUGAAAGAAUGUACAGCUUUUGAAAUAAAUACACCAUUGGUUUUAAGUGUGAUUAAAGCAAUUGGACAAUCUAUAGAGUUAUCAGGAUCGAAUGCUGAAAAAAUUAGAAAUUUUGUUGUUGAAUGUAAAUUGUUGGAAAUCAUUUUAAAUAUAUUAAAUAAAUUGGAGGUAGUUCAUUUUUUUUUUUUAAAUUUUAUUUUGUGUCUGUAUAUUAUUUCUAUUAAAUAUUAAUAUUUGAUUUGAAUGAUUACUUUAAAAGGCUGAUAUUGAAAUAGAUGAUGUAGUAUUAUGUGUUGAAACGGUUUCUUUGAUUCUUCGAAUGUCAAAUGAAGCAAAAAAGCAAAUGUUAAAUAUAAAUGGCUAUGAGAAAAUUUUUGAAUUUGUGGGCAAACAAUCAAAUAAAAGUCAACCAUUAUUAAAAGCUAUAAUUUCUAUUGCUACAGAAAAUACAGAUAAAACACUGGAUCAAAAUUUAGAGGUUAAAUUUGUUAAUGAAUAAUAUAGGUAUGUUACUGACAUAUGUUAUUUUUUUUUUAAAUAGAAUGCACAAAUGAUUGUACCAUUAAUUGAAUGGUUACCAAGUCUUGAUGAAAUAGACCAAGUUUGGCUAGCAAGUGUAAUAUUUAAUUUGUGUACAACAAAUUUGCAAAGGUAAUAUUAUAGUUUGUUUUACAAAGAUAACUUUAAAAUAAAUUACUUAUGUUUAUAAUAAUCUAAUUUAUAACAGAUUUGUUUAAUUGUUUAAAAAUAUUAUUAGGGUUUUGGAUAUUUUCUCUUUUAUUAUUUAGUAUUAUGUAUCAUUGUAUGAAAUCGUUAACACAAUUAUCCAAUUUAUAAAUAAUUUUUUUUAGUAAAUGCCAAUCAUCAGCUUGUAAAGUUAUAGAUUCUGUUUGUAAAUGCUUGGAAAAUAGUAAUCAUUUGUAUACAAAAACUGUUCAUCAACUUUUGAAACUUAUUGAAAACUUGGCUUCACAUUCUAUUUCAACGUCCGAACUUAAAAAGAUAUUUUUAUUAAUAAGAAAUAAGGAUGAGCCCGUAAGUUCUUUAAGCGUUAUUUUUUAAAUGUUAUUUUAAUACAUAUUUUUUAUUUCAGUUUCCAUACACCACACAAAUACUCAGAACAUUAUCUGAAGUUGCUUAUAAUACAUAUGAUAAUAGUUGUAAAGUGUUUUUUGAUAUUCAAAAAGAUAAAGGUAUAAAACUAUAUUAUGUUUAUUUUCUAAGGAUAUGCAAUAGUUGUUAGAGUAAUACUUAUUAUAAAGUUAAAAUCUAAAUUUUUUUUUGUAUCUCCUAUUUAUUUGAGUCAGUCACCUUGAUCUUAACUGUCCUCUCUAAAAAUAAUUGGUUAAAUAAUUAUUUUAACCUAUAAUGUGCUUUGGGAAAAAAAAUAAUCACACCAAAUCUUCAAAGAUACUUUCACUCAAUUCAAUUAUACAAAACAAGUAGAAAUGGCAUUCAAUUAGACAGGGUUCAUAUAUAUAUGUUUAAUGAGUUAUAGUAGAAAUCAUUAGGUAUAUUGUUUUAUAAUUUUUUAAACUCUAUACAUUUGGUUAAUACAAGUAUAAUUUUUAAUAUAUAUGGAGUGUUUUAAUAAGGUUUUUAUUAUUUUAAACUUUUCUUGUGAUAAAAUUGAUUAUUUAGUGUACAAAAUUUAAAAAUUGAUUAGUUGUACAAACAUAAAAUUCUGGACAUGAAAGUAUAUUUUAAAAAUUAUUUUAUGUAUGGAACUGUAGAAAUAUCAUUAUUUAUCUAAUGAAUUGUGAAGGAAUUUAAUAAUUUUUUCAUCACAUACUAAUAUAUUAAAUUUUUUUCAUAAAUAGAAGGUCUUACAAUUGACGAACUAAAAAAGUGGCCUGGGCCAAUGAAUGGAUUAACUUUUCAUUGUUGGUUACGUUUAGAUAAUGUCAGUUUUCAUCAUUGUUCUAGUACAUUUGGUCUAGCUUCUUAUAGAAGGCAACUAUUACAGUACGAUAAUAUUUAUUAUUAAUAUUAUAAUUAAUAAAAUUGUCUAUAAGCCAAUUGAUACAUUUCUUAUUGUAUAUUGUUUUAGUUUGCUAACUAAUUCAAAUACAGGAUUAGAAAUUUUUAUUGGAUCGGAUUGGACUCUUGUUGUUGGAAUGAAUACGAAAAAAGAAUUUUUUACUGUUACUGCACGAGAUUUUAGAUUUGUAGAAAACCGUUGGUAUUGUAUUGAUGUUUGUUAUAGUCCACCAAAGUAAGAUAAUUAUAAUUUGCUUUAUUCGUAAACUAUAUUAAAAUUCAUGUUUUAUUUUAGGAGACCUUUUGGACAUAAUCAAGUAUCAAUUUUUAUUGAUGGUGUGCAAAACAUAAGUGCACCAGCCAAAUUUACGCCAUUAAUUGAUGUAAGUAAUAUUAUAUAUAUAUAUAUAUAUAUAUAUAUGUAUUGAAAUUUAAUAUAAUUAUGUUUUAAUUUAAUUAAUCUAUUCUUAUUAUUGAAAUAUUGUAUGUAUUAACAUGUAGCAAUUUCAAAAAUGUUCUAUUGGAACUUUCCUUGCCCAUGUGCCAAAAUCUAUUGAUAUUCAACCUCAAGGGGAUCGAGGAAUAUUACCAUCAUUUAUAACUCAAGUAAAGUUUUGUACAGUUUUAUUUAUAAUUAUUGUUUUUUUUAAAUUUAAAAGUUAUGAAUGCAUUUCAAUUUAUUUAAAUCAUGUAUUCAUUUAAUAAUUUAAAAUUGUUAUUUAGGUACCAAAUUAUUUACUUAUGAGAGGAUCAGGUGCUAUGGACCCAUAUGUGAAAGAAUUUCCUUCUGGUAUGCAAGAUACUUUAUAUGGUCGUCCCAUGUGUCUUAAAGGUCAAUUAGGUCUAAUUUGUUUGUUUCCUGAACAUUUUUCAAUGCAACAGAUUAAAUCUAUUUAUGAUUUAGGUAAAUUAAAAAAAAAAAUAAAAUAUAUAUUUGUUUUUAUUUAAUGAAAAUUAUUUUAGGCCCAAAUUAUUCGUCACUUAGUACAAUGGAUGAUUCAACGUGUGUUAUAUUAGGACUGUUUAAUAGAUCAGUAUUUUAUUUUAGUCCUACAGCAGCUUCUAGCCGUGAUACUGCUCUAGAUUUAAGUCAAAAAAAUAAAAUCAAUGCCUGUCUUACAGCAACUGUUCACAAAUGUUCACCUAUACAAGUACUUAUUAAACCAAUAUGUUAAACUUAAUAAAAUAAAACUAUAAAAAUACUAUGUAUUUUAGGAUGUAAUUAAUAUGAUAGGAGGUCUAUACGUCUUAUUUCCAAUACUGGAAAGUCAAGUUUUAAAUGAAAAUGAACAUUUAGGUUUGUUGUCAUUAGAUUAUACAAAUACAGACUUAUCUGUAGAUUUAGAAGAUAUGUCAUCAAUUCGUUCCUUUUCUUUGGGUAUGUGUUCAAAUUAAAUUAAAUUAAAUAUGUUUGUGUUAAAUUUUUCUAUUAUAAUAUUGUAUAUUAUCUAGAUGAAAAACUUGAACUACAUCCAAUAGGAUUGUUAUUGAUUUUAACAAAAAAUCUUAUGAAAGGAAAUAUUGUUGGUCAAGAACAACUUUUAAGAAAAAAUGGCAUACCAAUUUUAGGAGAAUUGCUUACAAAAGUAAAUAUAAAUCAUAUUUAUUAUAAAUACCUAUUAAUAGUAUUUAAAUAUAUGCUAUUCUUAUAUUUAGGUACCUUCUGAUAAAAUUGAUUUACAAAUGCUAGAAGCAAUGCAGUUAUUUAUGGAAUCUCUACAAGAACUUUCUAAUAUUCAAUUAUUAAGAGCAUUUUAUCAGCACAUACUUUUUAAUUUUUCUAUUUGGUCUAGAUGCUCUUUUAAUGUGCAAAUUGGUAAUAUUCUUUUGCAUGGCAAUUAAUAUGCAAUUUUAUAAUUAUAAUUUUUUUUUCAGUUGUAGUAAAGAUAAUAUAUUUGUUGAUAAAAAAUGAUCGCAAAUCAUUUCGAAAACGAUUUGGUGUACAAUAUUUUUUAGAUACAAUACGAUUUUAUUACACAACAUGUGAUGUAUUGUCAGUCAACCACAUAACAAUACUGAGAGCUUCAUUGUUGGACGUUGUUCGAUUUUAUAUUUUAAAGGAAGUUAAUAUUUCUGAUGUAGAUAUAAUUGUACGAUAUCUUAUAACAUGUAGAUCUGAAACAAUGGUAAAUAGUAUUUAUUUAUUUAAAACGAAUUAUAGUAAUAUUUGCAAACAUUUCUUUUUCAUGAAAAUGUAAAAAUGGCUUUAAAUAAAAAUGUAAAUUUUUUUUAGAUUAUUGAAUUAUUAGAUAUACUGAUCAAACAUCUAGAAACUGAUUCAUGCAAAGAUCAAUUAUAUUUAUUGAUGUAUGAACCUCAAACUGCUGAUAUUCUAUACUGCAUUUUAAUUGAAAAAUCAAUUAGUAUGUUGGCAAAAUAUAAAGUUUUAAAGGUAUUGUUUCCAUUAAUAACAUUUUUAUUUAAACAUAUUACAUUGAUUUUCGGUUUUCAGCUGUUAUCGUUAUUACUAAGAACGAAAUAUGUAUAUGAGCGACAGAAAAGUAAUUUACGAUUACAAAACUCUAAUUGUGGUUUGUACCCAGGUCUAAUAUCAUUGUUACCAGAUUUUCAAAAUUUAUCAAUGGAAGUAACAUUAAUAAUGUUUGAUCAAGUUCUAUUAACUGGUAUCGUAAUUAUUUGAAUCAUAGUUGGUCCUCACUAAUCUAAAAUAUAGUUCCUCUAAGGGAAAUCAGAAAAGAAUAGUCAGACUGUGUGGGUUUGUCAGGUUACUAAAAAUCAAUUUUUAUAUUGUUAUAAACUAGUACAUCUGACACCAUACCAACACUUAGCUAUUCAGAUGUCUGAUUAGUGGGGUCCUAAUUUUAUUUACAGUAUUUCAUGAUUAUAUUUUUUUCAUUUUUUAUUUGUCUAGAUUCUAUAUGUACUUAUCCAGCAAUUUUAUCAAUUCUUCAUCGUUUGGCAUAUGAAGAUAUUGACAUAAAACUGGAAGUUGCCCGAAAGUUAUUAGCAAUGAUUUACAUGAAUCCCAAUGCAGCUAAAGCAUUUGCAAAGCAAUCUGGCUGGCAGGAUUGUGUAACAAGACUUUUAGUACACCGGUUAGCAGAAGGAAAAACAUCACACAACAAAGAUCUUAUGAGUUUUGAAGAUCAUGAUGUUCAAAAAGUUCAAACAAAUAUAUUAAAAUGGAGGUCAUAUCCCAACAUUUUAAAAACUAAGCAAUCAUCUUUAAAAAAAUGGAGUUCUAUGUUUGAGUUUGAAGAAGAAUUUACCCAUAAUGUUAUAAAUGAGAGUUCAGUAACAGCAGAAAAACAUUUUACAGAUGCUGCUAGUUUUUUUGAAAAUGAAAUAAAAGGUUAACAAAUAUUUUGCACAUAAAUAUUUAUUAUUUAUUUUUGUUAGUAAAACAUUAUAUGUAAUGUAUAUAAAUAAUUGUUUAGGUGUUGCUGGUUCUGUAUCAGCAGUUGUUGUAGACAAUCUUCAGUAUGCUACUGAAAAUUUAAGUUCAGCUGUGAAUACAGUUGGCUUAGUUGUUAGUGAUAAUAUUCAAAUAGCAUCUGACAAUUUAGCAAUUGCAAUGAAUACUGUUAGUGGUAAUAUUCACUCAGCCACUAGUAAUUUAUCAUUAGCUGUGACUUCUGCAUAUUCAAUGUUUAAACAAAAAACAACCGAGAUACAAGUAAAAUUAUUAAAUAAUUUAAAUUGUAUAUUAUAUUUGUAAACUAAUUAAUUAAUUAUAUUUGAUUAGGAAAUUGGAGAAAGUGCAAAAGAACGAAUAAAGAAAUAUGCCAUGUAUCCACCUCAAUCUGAUAGAAAUGUUAUUGAUGAGGACAAAGCUCAAUUAAUGACAAAACAAUUAUUGGCAGAGUUGGGUCUUGAUAUAGACACUUAUAGUAUCAGCAAUAAGUACAUAUAUUGGUUUAAUAUAUUAUUUUUUGAAAAAAAGUUUAUAUUUUAGGUUUUAAUCAAGUUAUUUAUUGUAUCCAAAAUGAUUAAAUGUAUAAUUUCAAUUAAAUAUUAUUUUUGUUUAUAUAAUAUUCCUUUUUUCAGUGUUUUUAUGAUCAGUGAUACAUAUUAUAUAUUUUUUUAGAUCUAUGUCUAGUAGCCUUGAAGAUAUUUCAUCAAUAAAAUCUUCUAUCGCACCUGAUAAUCGUUCAAUAAGUUCUGGAAUAGCCAUGUCUGAUAAUGUAUCAACAGUUUGUGAGGAUGUUGAUAGUAGUGAUCAUAAUGAUUUUGACAAUAUAAAGUAAAUGUUGUUUAAUUUUAAUUUUAUUAUAAGUAUAAUAAUAUCCUUAUAAUACAAUUUUAAUGAUAGUUAAAAUUCUAAUAAUUAAUUAUUUAAAAAUGUAUAAUAUAUUUUAUAUUUUCAUAGCCCGUGGCAAGAAUUUACUGAUGGAAAAACUGAAAAUAAGGAAAAAGAUUUGUGCUCUUUGGUGGAAAAUAUUCUUUUCGUUGUUAUGUGGCGAGGAGUCAAUAUUCACAAUAAAAACUGUUGGAAGGUAAAAAAAAAACUUAAUAAUAUUAUGUUAAUGUCACAAUUUUGUAAUAAAUUUAUAAUUUUUAGGAACGUGGUCAAGUUAUGGCUUGCAUUAAUAUGUUGAGUUUAAACAAUAUGUUGUAUUGUUCUCAUUUAGAACUUAAACUACAUAUUUUAGAAAAAGCUGUUGAAGCUGUAUUAAGUGAUCUUCAUGAUGCUGGUUCAACUGUUGAAUGUGAUUAUGCUAAAAUGGAAAACAUUGGUCAGUUAAUAGGUUUGGUGUACGAUUUAGUUGUAUUGGACCCAAGUCCAAAUUUUGAUAAAAAGUGUUCAGUAAAGCUGCUUGACGAAUGUAUAAAAUUAAUUGAACAAUUAGCUAUAUUUGGAGAUAAUCAAGAACAGUACAAUAAAGAUAUUGCAAUGAAAACAUUUGGUAAAAUUUGUUAUCAUUAACAAAUAUUACAAUAUUUAUUUAUUUUUUUAUUUAAAGGACUCUUAUUGAGCUGCUCUUCAAGCCCUAAUAUGGAAAUUUGUGCAAUGGCAACAGUUAAAUUACACACAAUAUUACAAACAAGUAAUAAUUGUGUUGUAGAAGUUGAAUGCUACUUAUUACGCUCAGCCAACAGCAUUUUACAAAAAGCUCUUAAAGGUAUGUGCAAUUCAAUAUUUCUAUACUUUUUUUUAAUAAAUAGAAUGAGGUAAAUAAAAAUUAAACAUGUUUUAGAUGAUAACAUGGAGCGGUAUUCUUUUAUUUUACCUUUAGUAAAAACACUUAUUACUAAAUUAUCUGAACCACUUAAUAUUUCUAAUUCUGAACUUCCAAAUUUGACAGAAGUUCUAUACAGUGGCAAUUUUUAUGACAGAUUUUUACCUUAUUGCACUACAGAAGAAUGGACUGAUUUUAUUGAAACUAAGGUAAGAAUUUAUUGUAUGGAAAUUAUCUAGUUCAUAGUAUACAUAAUAUAAUUACUAGUUGUUAGUGUAUAGUAGCUAUUUUAUUAAUAAAUUAAUUUUUGGAUAUUAUAUUUGUUUGAUUAGGUAUAUUAUUAUUAAAUAUUUAGUUAAAAAAAAUAAAAAAAAAUAGGAAAAUAUUAAGUAGGUAAUGAUUAAUCUUGUAUUUAUCAAGGUUAUUACUUGGAUGAAUGAAUAAAAUAACUAUGGUUUUUUCGUACCUAUUUAUUUUUAUAAUAUAAAUUUAAAUAAAAUAGUCAAUCAAAUAAUACUUACUUACUCAAUAAAUACAAAGUAAAAAAAACACACAUUUUAUAUUUACAUUUAAAAAAUGUGUUUUUAUCACAAUCUCUACCUCAUAAUAUUACAAUAGUGCUUUUUAAUUAUAAAGGUGAUAAACAUAAAAUACAAGUUCAUAAAUUAUUUUAUCUUGUUUACAAACAAAAAAGUUGGUACAUUUACAUUAUGUGUAAUUAUAUAUGUAUAAUAUAUUUUAUGCAUAUACAUUUAUUUUUAAUAUUAUAAUUUAAGUGACUUGCCAUUAAUUAUUGGCAAUAAUAGGUAGAUAUUUGCUAACAUUUGAUAUAGUGGUAUUAUAUUUAUAUUAUAAAAAGCUUUAGUAACAAAGCUUGGAAAUUGGCAAGAUGAUUUUUGUAUUUUUAACAAUACUUAAAAACAUAUAAAUAAAAAAUCCAGCAUUAAGCAUAUAUCAAUAUGUAUUAUAUAUUUUUACUAUCUUAGGUUUUCUGUGAUUUUCCAUUGAUUGUCGGAGUAAUUGUGAUUUGAAUUUUUUCCAGAAUUAGAUUCACUAUUUUUGUGAUUAGUUGGAAGAUUUUCACUUAGUGAAGUAAGACUAUCAUUAACUAGAGAUGGAGAUUCUUCAUAAUUAAAACUAUAUGUCUUUGUGGGUGCCUGAAAACCUGUAUCUGGCUUUUGUGUACUUUUGGCUAUAUAUUUUAAAUAUGCAUUUAGUUUUUCAUUUACAAUUACUUUUUUGCCUUUUGAUUUUUCAUCUGAAUUUGAAUACAAUGUAGUAUCAGUAUUUUCUGACGACUCUUUUUGACGUCUUUCUAAUGUAUUAGAUGGAGUUGUAUGUGUAUCUACAGGACUCUGAGUGUUGUAUUGGGAUUGUACCACAUGGUAUGAGUCUGCUGAUGAUUUGCCUAAAUCUUGACUAUUAGUAUGUUCUCCAUAUGAAUUUACAAUUGGUAAUUGAGAAUUCGAUUCUGGUAAUGAAAUAGAAUUUGAUAUACUGCUGUAAGACCCUUGGAUAUCUCCAUUGCCUUUAGGAGAACCAUAUGUAAUUGAUGGUAGACCAUAUGUAAUUGAAGGUGUUGGUGCACUAAAUUGAGUGUGGGAGUUAAAUAAACUUCCUACAUUAUACGAGUCUGAAUUGCUGUUUCCUCCAAAAUGAUUAUUUUGAGAAGAACCAAACGAACUAUAUGAUCCUGAUGGAGCUCCGUAAGAUGUCGAAGGUACCCCAUAAGAUGAUGAUGGGCCACUGGAAGGCGCACCAUAUGAAGAUGAUGGUGGAUUGGAUGGAGCACCAUAUGAAGAUGAUGGUACAUUUGAAGGUGCACCAUAUGACGAUGAUGGACCACUGGAAGGUGCCCCAUAUGAAGAUGAUGGUACAUUCGAAGGUGCACCAUAUGACGAUGAUGGACCACUGGAAGGUGCCCCAUAUGAAGAUGAUGGACCACUAGAAGGUGCACCAUAUGAAGACGAUGGACCACUGGAAGGUGCUCCAUAUGAAGAUGAUGGACCACUAGAAGGCGCACCAUAUGAAGAUGAUGGUAUAUUUGGAGCACCAUAUGAGGACGAUGGACCACUGGCAGGUGCACCAUAUGAUGAUGAUGGACCACUGGCAGGUGCACCAUAUGAUGAUGAUGGUACAUUGGAUGGUGCGCCAUAUGAACUUGAGGGGAUAGAAAGUGAAACUGAAGGGGUUAUUGAGAUGGAAUGACUAGGAGGUGCAUAACUAUUUGUUGGUACUCCAUAAGAUGUUGCUGGUGGUGAUGGUGCCCCAUAUGAUGACGAUGGUUGUGAUGGUGCGCCAUAUGAUGACGAUGGUUUUGAUGGUGCACCAUAUGAUGACGAUGGUUGUGAUGGUGCGCCAUAUGAUGACGAUGGCUGUGACGGUGCACCAUAUGAUGACGAUGGUUGUGAUGGUGCACCAUAUGAUGACGAUGGCUGUGACGGUGCACCAUAUGAUGACGAUGGCUGUGAUGGUGCACCAUAUGACGACGAUGGUUGUGAUGGUGUACCGUAAGAGGAGGAUGGUGAUGGAGCAUCAUAUGUUAAAGAUGGGAAAGAUUUUAAUGAAGAUGAACCAUACGAAGGAGAUUGACUUUGUGAAGGUGCUCCAUAGGAAGAUGAUGGUGGCGCUCCAUAAGAAGAUGAUGGUGGAGCUCCAUACGAAGACGAUGGUGCUUCAUAUGAAAAUGAUGGGGCACCGUAUGAAGACGAUGGUGCACCAUAUGAAGAUGAUGGAGCACCGUAUGAAGACGAUGGUGCGCCGUAUGAAGACGAUGGUGCGCCGUAUGAAGACGACGGUGCACCGUAUGAAGACGACGGAGCACCGUAUGAAGACGAUGGUGCACCGUAUGAAGACGAUGGUGCGCCGUAUGAAGACGAUGGGGCACCGUAUGAAGAGGAAGGUGGUGCUCCGUAUGAGUGUGAGGGGGGGGCUCCAUAUGAAGUGGAAGGUUUAAAUCCUCCUCCAGAUGGUGGUCCAUAAACUGAUUUUGGCGGGCCAUAAGAUGGUUUUGGUGGGGGGCCAUAUACAGGUUUUGGAGGUCCAUAUUUUGGCUUAGGCGGUGGACCAUAUACUGGUUUUGGAGGUCCAUAAUUUAAUUUUGGUGGAGGCCCAUACUUUGGCUUUGGUGGUCCAUAUUUAGGUUUCGGCGGUGGACCAUAAACUGGUUUAGGUCGUCCACUAGAUUUUGGUGGUCCAUAUACAGGUCUCGGCUUUGGAGGGGGCCCAUAUUUUGAAGGAGGUUCUCGUUUUAUUCUAAUAAGUGAUUCAUUUUCAGCGCUUACUAUAUCGUAAAAACUUAUCAAUGUAGCGAGUAAAAAUAUCUGAAACAAAAAUAAAUAUUUCCUUAAUUAAUAUCAAAUACUAUAUUAUUAUAGAACAUUUGAGGUUUUGUUAUAUUAUUCAAAAUUCAAACAUUUCGAUUGAAGUAUCGCUACAAAUGGUAUUUAAGUAUUUUCCGUCAAGGAAAUUCUAAUUAUUUGAUAAAUGCGGGUGAUACUAACAGAAAACAGAAAAACAAUUGUUUUUAAUGAAAGGUUCUGGUUCCUCCCCUAAAAAAAAAUAAUUGUAUUAUGAAUGCUAUAUAAUAAUAGUAUAAUUUAAAUUUUUAUCUUCCAAAAUAUUACAAAAAUAUAUGAGUUACAUAUUGGUACAGUAUAAAAACAUUUUAGAUUUCAAUAUAUUUCUAUAUAAUUUUACGUUUAAAUGUUUGGUUUGUAUCUUCGUAAAUUGUAAUGUUUCAUAAUUUAGUGAAACGUCUGUUCGACGCGGAAAUCAUCUUGGUAAUAAAAUAAACCACUUAACGGUGGAUUUUUUUUUGUUUUCAGUUAAUAUAAUAUAAUAAUGUAAUCUAGUUACGAAAUCUUCUCGAUAAUGGACAUUUUUCCAAUCUCAUCGAUUGUUGACUGUACUUGUAUACCUGUAGUUUCACUAUGUAUAAUUUUAGAUUUUAUGAGAAGCGAAAACUCUUUAUUUUUACAUCGACAGCUAUGUGUUUUUUUGAUUUAUUAUUUGCGUUAAAUACUUUCUGAGAUAAUUAAUGUAGGUACUCAUAAAGUAUAUAAGCAUGAUGUACAAUAAUUGUAUCAGUAUAAAUAAUUGAGAAUAGAGUUCGUUAUUCGAAUUUACUAUUUUAAUAACAUACUUAAACAACCCAAAAAUCGGAUAAACGGAUAAAAAAAUUGGCAGAGAUCGUUUUAUUCUUGAAAAGUGUUUCAAAAAUAAAAAUUGUUUUUUCAAUGUUUUAUUUGCUGCGUUAAAAUAAUAUCUAUGUAAAAUAAUAUAGGUCAGGGGUGGCCAAACGGUCGAUCAUGAUCGACCGGUAGAUCGCAAAUAAUUUAAAUGUCGAUCUCCAUUUUGUCGGAAUUUAUUUUUAUGUAAUUAAUAGAUAAAUACAAAUUUCUGAUCAUUUUUAUCUUAAUAUAUUAUCUUUAUUUUGUUGUAAAGUUAUCAAGUAACAUAAUUACAACAAUACAUUUUAGCUUUAUUAUUUUGUACAUGUAUGUGUACUAUAAAUACUCAUUAGGUAAUUCAUAAUUAUACGUUUUUGUUAGGAAGUAGAUUCUUAAAGAAAAAAAUAUAUUCUUAGUAGAUCUCAACCAAAAAAAGUUUGGCCACCACUGAUAUAGGUAGUUAGGUACUAUAAUACCUACAGUAUUAUAAAUAUUAUAUCCCGAGAUUAGCGGGUAAAAGUGAAUUCCUACUUAUUUAGUAAAUAUAAUAAUUUUGUCAUUUUUAUGAAACAUUUGUGAACAAUUUAAUUUGUCAACAGGAAUUUAAGAGUUUUAUAGCGUGCAAUGAUGUGCUCUUUGACUAUUUUAUUUUUAUUAUUAGUAUAUAGACAUUGCAUAGAAAUUUAGAAUAAGUAGGUAUCUACCUACUCUUUUUCUAUUUUUCCAACAGAGGAUUGCUCAUAUCGUAUAUCUUACAUGUGUAAUGUAUAGAUGAUUGUUUUGUUUGAGUGAAAGGGGUUAGGUGCAUCAAACAAAUUCAAUUAUUAUUGCGAUUUUUUAACGAAUGAUUUUGAUCGCGAGAUCGGAUCAACUGUACGGUACGUGUCUAUUUCAGUUUUUGUCAAUACUAUGUGACUGUAAACUUCAUUGGUUUUUUUUAUAAUUUUCAAAGGAUUAUUCAAACUGUUGGAGAAUUCGGAAAUAAACGUGACUUUUAAAUUUCGUUAUUUUCUGUUGUCUGUCCCAACAAAUUGUUUUUAGAGGAAACAAUAUAUCAUACAAAAUAUAUAACGUAACGUAAAUAUAGGUAACGUUAAAUAUUUCGGCCAGAUGACUUUAGAUUUGAACUCCGUUGUCCGGUUGAGUGAUUCCCGUUUCCGCCAAAAUAAUAUUGGCCGUUUCUGCCACAGCAUUUUUUUACACACAACAAAAAAGGUAAGAUAUCCGUUUCCGCAAAAAAAAAAAGCGUAGAAACCAAUGGUUUAAAUUGGUAUUGGUAUAGCGUAUAACAUCUAUAGUUUAAUCUAGUUUAAUGUAACCUAUUGUAACAAUUCAAUAUCGUUUAAUCGAUAAUUUAAUAAUAAUAUACAAAUAUUUCGAAGAGCAAAAAAAUAUAAAAGAGAUUAAAAACCACAGAAGAAGUAUCUAUAAAAAAAAAUCUUAGUAGGUAAAAUUUUGUUUAAACAGUUUUAUUUAACUGUGAUUUUUUAAAUUUUUACUAUAUUAAUUAUAAUAAUUGACUGUUACGACUUAUAGUAUUAUUAUUAUUAAUUGUAUUAGGUAUUAUUUUAUUAUGGUCUUUUAAAAUAUUUAAUUAUAGUAGAUAAUGUGUGAUUUUUAAAAACAUAUUUUAUUGUUUUAUUAUUGACUGUAACGAUUUACAUUAUUAUUAUUAUAAGGUAUUACUUUAGGUACAUGGUUCUCAAACAAUAUUUGGUGGAAACGGAAUUCAUCAAUAUCAUUAUAUAUUAAUAUAAUUUUCUUUUUUGGUGGAAAAGGGCUAUGCUCGUCCGGUUAAAUUAAAUUUAUUAAUCCUUUAAGUAUGCGCAUUACAAAUUACUUUUUUUUGAACAGCAACAUAUAUUUUGGCAUUAGAUUCGUAUAGUGUUCUAUAUUUUUUUAUUAAAUCAACUUAGAUUGAUACAAUAUUUUUUCAUCUCAAAAAUUAUCUGAGAUACAGCCAUCUAUGGUUAAGAAAUAUGAUUUUGAAAUGUAUAUUGCAUAACCUUAAACGUGAAAAAAAAUGACUACUGUUUUAUGAGUAAAAAUUAUUUGUUAAGAUAAUCAUAAAAUAUCAUAUAAUAGCAUAAUAUAUAUAUUAUACAUAAUAACAUACGUUUUUGAAUUUUGUUGAAAAUAAUAAAAAAUAUUAAUUUUUUUUAUCAAAUUUUGCUGGAUAAUUUUGCUAAUUUUUGAGAUUAAAAAAAAAAAUGCCAUUGAAUAAAGUUGUUUGAAAAAAAAAAUAAAUAGGACUAUUCAAUUCUAGUGUGACAAAAAGGUGUUGAUAUUCAAAAAAAGUAAUUUUUUACUACGCGUGCGCGUACUGAAAGGAUUAAUGAAUUAAAAUUUAUCUUGUAAGUAUGGAUUUCAGUUUCCUCUAUUGCUUCCCGAAAACGGAAUUCAAAUCUAAGGUCAUUCAGCAGAAAUAUUUAGUGUUACUCGGAACGCAAAAACAAUACAUUUUUUUUUUUUUUAUUAUAAUUAAUUAAUCGCAAUAACAUAUUAAUAUUAUAUUAGAAUAAUAAAGAAAAAAAAAACAAUAAUAAUAAGAAAUAGUUCACAACUUUAAGCCGUAGUGUUCCGUAGUUUACCGGUAAAUUCUAAUUUUCGAAUCGUUUUAUUUAUUUGAUUUAUAACCAAUAUGAUAUAAAAAUAGUUUUAUUUAGUAUAUAAUAUAAAGAUGUAAUUUUUGUUUAGCACAUUCAAUUUUAUUUUUAUAAAAAAAAAAAAGAAAAAAAAAAGGGUAAUAGGCGACCGAAAGCGUCGUAAACUCAAAUGAAAAUUGUAUAGAUGGUAUUAUCUGUUCGAAAAUAUUAAUCAGUGGCCACAAAUUAUAUGAAAUAUAUAAAUAAAAUGGAAACGAAUAAUAGUGUAAAAUUAACAACACUCUCGCGCCAUCUGAACCCUAAAUGUGUUUUAUUAGGUACACCUAUUUAAUCUAUUCUGUCGGUAUUUUUCUUUAAUAGGCAUGAAAUACGAGAAAAAAAAAUAGAAAAAUAGAAUUAUAUUUAAUAACAGUGUUUACCUAAUGUGUUUCAAUAAGGGGUUUUUUUUUUAUAUAGCUAUGCAAUUGUGAAGAUGUUUACUUAAUUAUGUGUACACACCAAAUUUCUAUCUUAGAUAAUGCAACUACUUUAAAAUAUGCUCUAUGUUAUUUUUUAUGUUCGCUAAGUAUAUAGGUAAUUUUUCCUUAUUUACAGAGUUUACUGUGUAAAAUUCCAUACAAAGUGUCUGGCAAAAGGAUCGGGUUUAACGGAAAUUAUCGUUGCUCUGUUAUUAAUAAUCAUUGUCAUGUUGAAAUUAUAUAUUAUUAACAUUUGUGAUAUUUUAUGUAUUUUAGAGUUACCUAAAUAUUCGCUGUAUAGUUUUCAUUCUAAAUAUUCGUUAACGUUAUGUUUCAUAUGAAAGUAGAAUAAUGAGAUCGGGGCAUCGUUAUGAAUUACAGCACACUGCAGAUAGGUAGAUAUACCGGAUGUUCAAGACAACAUUUCUGACCACGGGUUCUAGUUGAUGUUGUACUGACCUUCAUCUACUGGCACCGAUUCCGCGACCUAUGUUUUAUGACUCCUAAUUUUUUCUUUCUAAUGGAAUUACGAAAAGUAAUCAUUGACGAGUUUAGAUAUUAAUAAUUUUAAAAUUAAAUUCACAUUUAAAAUAAUAUACUAAUAAUGCUUUCUAAAAGUUUUUUUUUUUUAAAUUUACGAUAUGACAUGUUGAUAAUAUUUAAUCAAUUUAAGCUGACUAUAGUUAAAUGACUUACAUUUAAUUUAGGUUAUUUAAAUUAUCAUUGUUUUUGAGUAUUCUUUUAGUAUCUGCAUUUUCUAAUACGUAGGUAGGCAGGUACUAAAUGAAACAAGACAGGUUAUCAUUGAAAAUAUUCAUAGCUUAUAGUUAAAAAAUACUCUACAAAUGGAUAUUAAUUGACAUAUGUGUGAAAAACAGAGUCAUACUUUCACUGAAAUCAUUGUUAUUCAUUUUUAUAGAAUAGUAUAUUCAUAUACAGCGUUGACGGACCACCUAUUCUAUUAUAUUCCGCUGAAUAAAACAUUUUGGAGUUAUAAUUUUUUAAUACUGUUAUCAUUAUUCAUCCUAGCAUAAGAAAGUUAAAGAAAACCAGUAUAACACUUUUAGAUUAGUGAACAUAAUAAUUGCGUUUUCUUGGGAUUGGUGUAAUUAUAAAGGUUUUUUUAAACCCAUUAAUAAACUGAAAUUUGAUAUAAAUCUGUAAAUAAAUAACUACCUAGGUAGGUAAUGUACGAUGAAUGGAGAAAUCAAUUAAUAUAAAAGUACAAUAAUUCACAUUGUAAGCAAAAAUUAUUUAGAAUGUAGUUUGUUUUAAUUGUUUGAACUAUUAUUUCAUUAAGUAUAGAAAAAUCGUAGAUUUUUAAUAAUGAUAGUAAUAAAUUAAUAAUAAAAAAAGGUCUGAUGCUGUUAUUGGGCUGGUGUAUUGUUGUUGUAGGUAAGAAGUUGGGGAAAUAGGAACAUAAAGUUACCUUUUUAAUUUAUAUCCGUACGUAAUGAUAAACCAUUGCUAACGAAAUAUUAUACUAAGUGAAGUCAGUUAAACAUGUUUUGGAAUGUCGCGAUUUUUACAAUUUUCGACAAUAUUUGAAAUCGAAAUGCUUAUUGCUUUUAAAAAAUUUACCACAUUGCGCUCAACUUUUUUUUAACAUCAAAUACAACUUAAGAUUAACUUUGUGUUCAAUUUUUCAGCUUUUCUGUUUGGCUAAAAUAAUUUUAUCCACAUAAAAUAAAACAGAAUAAAACAAAAACUCGAAAUUUUGUAAAUACCUAUGUAAAUGUUUUAAAAAUUUUAUCAUGUUAAAAAAAAGCCAAUAAAAAUAUUAUGUAAAAAUGUCAAGUCUCUACAACUAUUUUUUAACUAAAUUACACCAACAAAACAAAAUCGAAAUAAAACAGUUAUUACUAUCGUAAACUUUUCUGUUUUUCUACGUUUUACUUUUAAAGUACCUAAAUAUUACAAAUCGAAAUGAUAGUAAAUUUAAAAACGUUGAAUUUUGUGUUUAUUAACAUUUCUAAUCAAAAAAUACAAUUUUUUUUUGAAGGAGUUGUAUGAUUUUAUGUAGGUUUAAUAAGUCAAUAAUUAAUAUAUGAUGUUUAUAAUAUUUGUAAUUUCUUAAUUAAAUAUGACCUUUUAAUAAUAAAAAAUAUAACGUUAGAAAAUGAUCAAUAAUAAAAACUUCUAGGAAACCGUGAAAGUAUUAUCCAUAAGAUAGAUAUUAAAUUAUUCCCACGUUUAACUAUAUGAAACCCGGGGUCUUUGUCACUAUUAUGAUAAGUGAAAAUUAAUGGUUUACUUCAUGUGAUUUAUGUGCUUUUAUUAUGUUGAUAUUUUUUUUUUAUAGAAUAGUAAAAAUGUCUCUUUUUCAUGGGUUGCUUCUCCAUAUUUUGCAUUUUAUUUUUUUAUUAUUAAUUUGAAGAUAAAUUAUGCAAGCAUAUCAUUUAAAAAAUGUAUAAAAUAUAUUAAUAACUUAAUGUUUAUGAUAAAAUUAAGGUAUUUAUAAAAAUGUUUGCUAUUACUUAAUAAACGCUUAAUUAAAAAAAAAAGUGUAUUGUAGUGUGUGUCCUUCACUUAUUUCUAUUUUAACAAAUACUUUAAAAAUUGAAAGUUAUUCCGAAAAAUAUUUCAAAUAAAUAAUUGCCGCUCUUUUUAAAAUGUAGCGUGCGUGAAAAAUGUAAUGACUAGUUUAAUUUGUAUUUAUCGAGUAUCAAAUAUCUAGUAUUUUACUACAUAAAAUUUAAGUAUCGAGUAUCUUGUGUUGCAAUACUUGUUACUUGAGGAUAUUAUAUCUCGUAUUUCGUACUAAUUUUAAAGUAUUUUGCCCAACUCUGGUGUUAAGGAUAACUUUUGACAGCAUAUUGAUUGAGUAAUUUCAAUAAUAGAAAAUAUCAUAAAUUUGAAUUUAAAAUACAUUGAAUUUUUUUGAUCACGUUUGUCAUUUUAACUUUUAAAAUACAAACUGGAAUAAUGCAAAUUGAGUAUUAAUUUUUAGAAAAAAAAGCCGUAAAUAUCAUGGAUACACUAUGGGUAGAACAUUAUUGUAGGUGGGUAGUUAGAAGGUAAUGGGAAGAUAUAUAAAGGUAACUUAGUUGAUAAUUGUACACUGCUGUUCCAAUAUAGUUUCUAAACUGUGCACUACAGCUCAUAUGAAAAAUAAAACAAAACGUACAUUUUAAUUAAGUAUGAUUUGUUUUUGUUAAUUUAAAUUUGCUACAUGCAUAUCAUAUCAAAUUAAUUUUUCACUUUUAUAGUAGUUUUUCUACCUUAUAAUAUUUAAUUUUACAUUCGGAGCGUAGCGAGGAAUAUAUUGGUUUUACAAUUCUUAUUAUUUUUUUUUAUCUGUGAACAACUUUUUUACCAGAAAUUUUGGUUUAAUUUUCAAGUGUAGUAAUUUUUCUGAUCCUUUAAGGAGACUAUUUUUUGAUUUUCUAAACAGUUUUCGUAACAAUUAAGAAAAAGUUAGAAAAGUGGGAAAAUGUAAUUAUAUUUACAAAAGAAACUUCGCUCCAAAUCGUUUUUCGUUAUAGAAAUGAUUUAUCGGACAGAUAUAAAUUAAAUUCCCCUCUAUAUCCUAUAUUUUCCCAACUUCUCACCUAUAACAGUGGCCCACACAUCGUGCGAAAUAUGUCCGUCUUUUUUGAUAAUUUGUUUAAUACAAUCAUUUAGUUUGGUUAUAAAUUGAAAUAUUGAAUUAGUAUUAAUUUUUUAUUCUUGUUUCCGGUGGUAUCUAUAGUAGGGCACCGCAGCCGAAUUUGAUCCGAAAAAGAUAGGUCGUUUAAAAAGUUUGCGAACCUAUUGAUUUGAUACCGUCCCGCCAAAAUAUAGUUUAGUGUUUAUCAUCGUCGUCUUUGACGGUAAAUAAUUAUGUCAAAUUUGUUUUCCUGAGAUUUCUCUGUGACUAACUGGAUGUGACCUUUUAUUAAAAAAUUAGGUAUAUUUUCGAUAUAUGUCUGCGAGUAAGUACCAAACUUCCGAAUAAUUAGUUAUAAGUGUUAAAAAUUAUACUAUUUUAAGAUAUUAAUUCAUAUUAAGUGUUGAUUUUUUCGAAAACUUAAUAUAUUUUCAAUUUAUAGUAACAAUGCUAUAUUAAUAAAGUCGCAAUGCAUUUCGUAUUGUAUUAAAUACUAUAUAAACCGUGUAAAAUUUAAAAUCUAGUAAAACUAUAUACCUUCACAUAUAAAAGUAUAUAGACAAUCCAGGAGAAAAAUAUUAAAUACUGAUUAUUGUUCAUUGUAAUGACUUUUUUUAAAUUUAACACCUUUUAAUUUCAUGUUAAUGUUAGUUUCAUAGUUUGAGAUUUUGAGUGCAGUGAGGGCACCAUUAAUUUUACAAUAAUACGGGUUUUUUUUUUUUAUUAGCAUUUUGAACAGGUAUAAAAGAAAAGCUGAUGUUUUAAAAAAUGUAAUUUAUCAAAUUUAUGUACUUAUUAUAUUAUUUAGAUUUUUAUGCAGAUUGUAUGUAAAAUGGAUUAUUUUGUUUAUGUUCCAAUUUAGUUAAAUGGGAAAUUGUGAAAAUUAAUUUAAGAAAGGGUUUUCAUUUAAAAUACACCAACACCUAGAACAGUUUUCAAAUGAGCUAAUGAAAUAUCGAAAUAUUUUUAAUUUGCUAUGUUUAAUCUUCUUAACCAAUGUAAUGAAGAUAUAUAAAUUAUUGUUUUAACAUAUUUAAACAUGUGUACAGGAAAAAUAUGAAUUUUUCGUUUUUAUAAUUUAAUCGAUACCGAAUUUUAUUUAAUUAAAACUAGUUCUGACAUUAUUUAGAGAAAAAUCCAUUUAUUAAAUAUCUGCCUAGUACUAUGUGUAAAAAUUAGGUUUCAAUUCACAUUGAUACCUAUAAAAAUAUAAAAAUGUAUGUUUGAGAAUUAUUUAUCUUUUAGUACAUAUAAUAUAUCGUUUUGUUUUAUUAUUUAUCACUAGGUCUUAUAUGUAUUUUUUCUAAUUACACCUUAUCAUGUCUGUUUUCUGUUCAGUACUCACCUAGGCUCAAACAAAGUGUAAUAGGAAAUAAUGAUUAUUUAGUGCAUGUUUAAGACACCUGCCGGUUUUAAUUUUAUAGUAAAAUAUUUUACGCUUUUUAGAGCAUGAAUUCAUGUAUUUCGUAUGGUUUUAGGACAUCCUUAUUGGGCCGUUAAGUGUAUAAUUUUAUUUAAGUGCAACAUCUAGUGGUGAUUAUUGGCAUCAGCCAAUAUCGUAUAUCGGCCGAUAUUGAAAAUAUCGGAAUAUCCAUUCUGUUUAUUUUUUUUUUUUUACCGAUAUUUUUACUGAUAUUUGACCCAAUAUUUUUGCGGAAAAAUGUCUAUAGUAUAAUGUAUGUAAUAUGAAAAAAAAGAGCUGAUACUGGGGACGAGUGUAGCCCCUGUUUUAGUUGGGAAGUUGGGAAGGUAGGAUACAUAAGGUUAUUUAAUUUAUAUCUGUAAGCAAUGAUAAACCAUUGCUGACGAAAGACGAUCCCGAGCGCAGUUCGGCAGUACAUAAUUUCAAGUGCCUUAAUUUUUUUUGGGAUUUUUGUUUAAAUUUGAUUUAAAAACGCUUACUAAAAAAUCAUACACAUCAUAAUUAUUAGACGAAUGUAGCAUUUAUUUAGUUUUCUAAAUACUACUAUGGUUAUAGGUUAUCUUGAUUACAAAUAUUGUAACGAUAAUGGUUAUAUUGCAUAAUGAUAAUUAUUUGUUAUAACUUUUGUAUUUAAAUAGUACUGUAUUAUAGUAUAGGUAUAUUUUGUCUGUUUUGUCAAGAUGUUAUCGUUUUUUUUAUUUUCCACGUGUUUAUGGAAAACUACAUUUGUAAAUACUCUUUUUAACGGAUUAAAUUUGAAAAUCAUGUAAGCAAAAAUUAUGUUUCAAGUAAUUGCUAUAAGUUUGUUUUCAUAAAAGAUGUUCCGUCACCCGUUUAUCCAGGUAUGCGUUCAAAAAAAAAAAAAAAAAUUGGCAGUAUAGCGUGACAGAACAGAGCAAUACGUGUACUUAACUACAAUUAUUUAUAUGUACAUUUUUAUAAUUGUCGGUAUUUUAACUAGACCGUUGGUAUUUGAAAAAUAAUUGUUUUUAUCUUUGUGGUAUAAAUUAUGUAUAUAUAUAUAUAUAUAUUAUAUUUUAUAUGCUCGGGCUUAUUUUGAAUUUAUAUGCAUAGGUUUUUGUGUCCUUAUUUUGUAAUGAUGAGGUGCUUCUUGUUACGACGAUGAGAUAUGUGUUCCUACGUUAUUGACGAUUAAAUAGUCACGGAUUUCACGACGUUUUUAUUUUUACGCUUGGACAAUUUUUUAACUCGUUCAUAUAUAUUAUAUAUGUUUUAGUCACACAUUAUGCAUACUGGUCAAUUUAUGUCCAACUGUGUGCUAGUCCUACUAGGUAUAUGUUUUGAUUUUCUGAAGAGAUUAAGAACAUCGGUCGGUUAUCGAUUGCUUUUAUUAGAACUGCGUACUUUUGCAUACAAUAAUUUUCUUUACUUCUGAAUUUUUCGAUAUUAAUUUCAAUAAUUAUCUGAACACAGAUCGAUUAUUUACGGUAUUAAUGAACUUCGCAGUUUUACAUAUUAUAAGAGUUACUUUUAAUUUGUCUAGUUUAAUUGAAUUGCACACUUGUAUAUGCCCGUUGUGUCUGUUACGGCUUUAGUUUAUUAUUCUAUAUAAAAAUAUUAUUUAACUUUUUUAUUUUUUUAUUUUGUACCUAGACUCUUAGAAGUGACAUUGUCUUUUAUAUAUUGUUAUUUAUACUAUUAUUUCGUACGUUAUAUACAAUUUCUUAUAGAAACCGGUAUUUAUUUCUUGUUAAUAUGUCAUUUUAUUUUUUAUGGUGUUUAUUAUUAUUAUUUUUUACUAGGAUUUAUAUUUAACGAAAACUGUAAAAUGUGAAUUGAUGAAAAAUUAUAAGAAAAAUAAAAAAAUAUAUAGAUAAAAACUUACGUUCCAGUUACAAUAAUUAUUGAACUUAAAAUAUUAUAAUAUUAUGAAUUGAUUACAAAUAAUACAAAACAGUACUUUAAAGUUUUGAAAACGUAUUACAGUAAACAAUUCUACAACGAAUUGUUUUACGCUUACACUUUGAACUUUAGUUAUGCAUACAAAAUCUAACCAAAUCUAUAACCGAAACAGAACUCACAAUUUCUGUACCGAUAUACAUUUAUAGAAAUAUAUUACGUUCCAUCUGCUAGUUAGCAAGUUAGCCUACUCUUAUCUAUAUAGUUUACUAUGGUGAUAAUACGAUCUCUGUGACGUUGAAUAUUGCUAUCUUAAUUUUGAUUUAUGAAAUGUGUACAUAUUUACCUAUAUAUAUCUUUAUAUAUAUAUAUAUAUAUAUCCAUGUAUUGUACUAAUAUCUGUAGAUUACGUAUUAAAGUUAUUUAUUUUUGGAUUCGUUCAUUCGAUGAAUACCUACAUGGCUACAUGGUUUUACAGUUAAACUUAUAUUACUUAUACGUUGUUUAUAAUGGAUAAUAUAGAAGAAAAUGUAAAACGUAUUUUUUAAUCGUUUAUUAUUAGGUUUUUUUUGUAUGCAUAUGUAGUGGCAAUUUUAGUAUCUGUGUGUCCUCAUGAAAGUUCAAGAAUUAUGCCUCUAUACAUCUAUUCAAUUGCUGGUUUAUUUUUAAUAGUAAUCAAUUUACUUACUGCUUGAGUAAUGCGUUCAGUUAUCAUGAUGAUACUCUUUUGUAAUCCACGUGUAGACAGUAUUCUUAAAAAAUUAUAGACUACACCAAUUUAUAUAUGAACGAUAAAAAAAACCAAACAAAACAAAACACAAAAAUGUUAAAAAAAUAACAAUAUCAACAACAAUAACAGUAAACAGUACGUAACGAACUCUUAAAACACUGCGCGCACUAGACACAGUAGUUGGUAUUGCGGCGUCCUGGAGUCCACUACUGGUUCAGAGCCUUCAAUGAAUGUCUUCUUCUCUCGCUAACAUUCUAUAGCACCCGGAACUUACUUUCCCACUUACACUCCACGAAAUACGUAUACUACGCAUAAUCCCAUAAACCCACUGAACAUUUUUUUUUCCCUGCUUAAUUGAUACGUAGCUGACCGUGAAUAAUACGCUGCCAUUUUGUGUUCCUUAGUUCAUUACUUAGUCCAUGAAACUUUCAUCACACCAAAAGAAAGCCACGAUAUUAUGAGUCGCGUUAAUUAAGAUUGUUUUGAUGGUGACUCACUGUGAAGCAGUGAUGAUGGACCCGUUUUUCCAGCACAAAAAUCGUCUAAAAUAAUAAUAAUUCUCGACUACGUGUUUUCACUUAUAAUUAUAUAAUAUAUAUGUUUCCGUUCUGGACAUUUUGGCGUAAAUUUUUAUACGGAUUGUUAUGUUUAAUUUCAAUAAUAAUCCUAUUAAUUUGACAAUGAACGUGUUGGUCUAAUAUAUUACAUAGGUAUCGUUUUACACGGUUUUGUGUUAUAACGUGCUGUUUGUUUCAAUAGAUAUAGGAAACAAAAUCGAGUAUUUACAAAUAUAAUGUUAAAUCAUUUUAUAUUACAUUACUUAUACUAAAAACACGGGAAUAUCUAUACAUUUAUCAAUAUCUUCAUAGAUAAUAAUAUUAGGUGUUUAAAACUUAUAUUGGCAUCAAUAAUAUACCCGUAUAAAAAUUGUUGAGCGGUUAUUUUAUAAAUUUAAUAAAUAAAUAAUUAAUGUUUUAAAUUUUGUACAACCAUCUAUACUGUUUAAUGUUACAUUCGAAAUGUUUUAACUUAGUGCUUAGCCUAUAAAAAUAAUUGUAAACAUUUUAUUUAACUAUUAUAUUCUAUUGUUUUAAAUGUUGAUGGACGGAGGGGCUAUUGAUUUGACAAUUAUUAUAAUAAAUGUAAAAAUAUGUGGUUUUCCUGAAAAUGUCAGCAAUAGGUGUAGGUACAUAAUUUCUAAGUGGGAUUAUCUGUCGAUAGACUGCGGGAAAUAGAACACGGAUGGUAUUCAAGAAUGGCGAGUUUUUGAAUUUCCUAUUAGUAAUAAAAAUAGAGCCCGAAAAAUAAGAAUGAUCUUUCGAAUACAAUAAUUGUCGCGUUGAAGGUAUAUAGUACUUUGUUGGAGGAGACCGUUGAAACAUUAAUUAAUUGAUAAAUAUACAAUAGAUAGGUAGUUUUUUUUUUUUUACAAAAUUGUUUGUAUUAAUUAUGUUUGAUAUAGGUUUGAAAUUGAAAUAAAAACAAUUCAUGUUUACAACAGUUUAUGUGUAUCGCUUGGUGCAACGAAAAAGGUCGUAUUUCACUGUUUCCAUUUUCUAAUUUUAUCUCUUCGGACGGAUAAGACCCUUUUCGUUGCGGCAGGCGAUAUAUUUAUUUUAUUCAAAAAAGUAGACAUUUAAAACCUUUUUUUUUCGCGUUCCUACUCAACGUGUAGUUUUAAUUUUAUUUUAUAAGCUGAGAGUUUUUUAAGACAUUUAGUAUAAAAUUAAAAUAUUAUAAUGAUAAGCAUAACGAAAUAUGACUGGUGAAUAAUAAGUAACACAUUAUGUAAAAUUCGUCAUUUAACCAGAUGCCUAAAUUAGUCAUAGGCAGUAAGUUUUAUUAAAAAUGCCUAUUUUAAGUUAAGCUAAUGAAAAAUAAAAAAAUAUAAUAAUGAUACAUAUUUUUAAGUAAAAUUAAUAAAAUACAAAUUUAAAAUCAAUUUAUUGAGGUAAACAUUUAUAUUUAUAGUUAUUUAAUUAUUUUCGUGUAUAAAUUCGUAUUAUUAUAUUUGUAUGUGACAUACGAUAUUAAAUUAAUUCCUUGUUACAAAUUACAGUAAUAUAAAAAAAUUAUAAAUACGAUUUUUAAUUUUCUAUUAGCUUAAGCAUAAAAACGUGCAUUAUUUUUAUUAUUGAUUUAACUCAGUGCGGUCCUGUAACCUUUUGUAGUUCACAGGCCAAUUUAUACAUUCAUCGUAAACCACGGACCGCAGAAAUCAAAUAAUGACUCUGGAAUUAUUCAAUUUUUUUUUUGCUCAUAAAUUCUUCUUUAAAAUCGAUAAAAAAAAUAUAUGUAUACAUAUAUUGUUUUUCAGAAGCGAGUGAAUUAGUAUAAAAUACUGUGUGCAGGUACUUUCAUACCGCCAAAGCCCAGUAAAUUAAAAUUUCACGGAUUACAGAUUGGAUCUGCAGUGUAUACAGGGUGAUCAAUCCUCGAUAAGAUACAUAUUAUCUUGGAAAGUAUUUACUUUUUUCUGUAGUUUUUUUUUUUGGAAAAAUUUAAAAAAAUGACGGAAAUAGGUCAUCCGUGGGUGGGCCACUAUUGUAGGUGAGAAGUUGGGAAGAUAGAGGGGAAAUUUAAUGCAUAUCUGUAUGCAACGAUUAACCAUCGCUAAAAAAAACGAUUCUGAGCGGAGUUAUGUUAAUAGUGUCAAUAAUAAUUUGUCAACAAUAUAUAUAUAUAUAUAUAUAUAUAUAUAUCAUAUUAUGGUAAAUUGAUUAUAUACACAUCAUAUAUUUUCUUUGAUAAUAUUUGUUUAAUAUUAUACCUAUUUUCCUGUUUAUUUUACGGUUUUUCUCAUUUUCUAUGAAAACAGCUGGGAAAAUCAAGAAAUGACUAUACUAUAGUACCACCCCAGUUAGAUUUAUUUUCAGAAAAAGUGCUAUCAUUGUAAAUUGAAGUAAAAUUCUGAUUUACCUAAUACGUAUAAAGCUAUGUAGGGAAAGGAUAUACAUGAAUAAUAUGCGAUCACCUAUAUUGUAAAAUAAUAUUAUUAUGCACUGAAAUAUGCUUUUAUAAUCAUACAAAAUAUGUAUUUGUUUUUUAAUGGCGCGUAUUAAAAACGUUGACUUAAAUGGAAGAAAUUAAAAAACAAUUUUAUUAUAACGUGAAAAAUAUUGCUAAAAAAGAAAAUGGAUGAAAAUUGUUUUUGUUAUUUAUAUUUUACGAUUGAUCAGCUCGGUGUUUCUUCGACAAUAUUAUUUUUAAUCUUCAAACAAAUUCUACUUACAUUUAAAGAGGUAAAAUUAAGAACUAUGUGGUUAUUUUUCAACGAGUGAUUUUAAUUUGUAUACAAUUUGUUUUAUAUUUAUUCUUAUUAAUUUUUUCUAAAAACGUAAUUUGAAUAAUUUUCAACUACUAAAAAUAGCAAUCCGGGAAAAUAUAAAAGUAUGCAUAAACGAAUUAUAAAUAUGCAUUAAAUAAGCAAACAAGUUUAAGAAAAAUUUCAAAAUUUGCAUAAUAAAAUUGGUGUCAUUUUAACAGGAAUGAUUAAAAUUGUGCCUGUUUCUCACCAGAUUUUAAAUACGAGUAUUAGGUAUUCUAAUAAAAACACGCUUUUGCACACAAGUCCGUUUCCUACUUAUUAGGUGUAUGCUAUGACUCAUAUGACAUGACUAGACAACCAUUUUAAUUUGUGAUUUCUUUGAUUUCUUUUUUGAUUUAAAAUUGAUUAUCCAUUAGGGUGCUCUCAGAAGAUUAGAAAUCAAAAUUAUUAUCAUUAUUAUUUUUAAAUGGAAAUAAUUAUAAAGGUAAAAUUAUAGGUAAAUUUACAUUUUUAUAUUUUAAACAAAAAUUCUAAUUUUCUAUGGCAUUUUCCGAAGUCUUUUAAAUCUAAGAGUAGAGUUGUUCCCUUGUUCCUCCACGGGGAUGUCCAUGAUUAUUCUGCGAUAAAUUACGAAAUGAUACUGACGUAUAUUUUAAAAAAAAUCUACUGUUCUGUCGUUAUAUAGACGGUGCAAUAUUAAUAGUUGUAAUUUUAUUGCGUUUAAUAUAUAAUAUUGAAAUAAACUUUUGUAGAAUUGUGUUUUUAUUUUCAAUAAAAUUAUGCAAUUGAUUACAUCUAAACAACGAAUUAAAAGAAUGAUGCAGUAUAUACUUAUUAUAGACGCAGUUCAGCAGAAUAAGUAUACCUGGUGUUUUACUUGUUUUUGACAACCUUCGGGUUUUAACCUGCACCAUUUCCACUCUACUAAUUGUGAUAGCGCAACCCUUUUUACCGCGCAAUUCAAAUUAUUAACGGUAUUAUUAAAUAUUUCUACAAUAAGACGUUAGUCUUAGAUUAUUGGAAAAAUCGUUUUGUAACACUGUAUUCGACUUUGUUAUGAUAAAAUUCACCCUGAUUAUAUUACUUUAAAUAAUUUAAAUUUAGCAUGACUAAUAAUACAAUUGAGUAUAGAAUAUAAUAUAGAUUGUAAUACAAUCUGUGUAUUCAAUGUUACUGUACACUUAUUAUUUGUAUUAUUUAAAUUAAUAAUAACAAAAUUAUAUAAUUUAAUUAAACGAGUAUCUCGUUUUGUUGAUUUAUAAUUUAUACAUAAUACGUCAUAACAACAGUUGUUCAAUGUAUAUGUAUUACAAAAAUAAAAUAUACCAAUUGAUUUGUGUAUGAUACAGUGAAUUUUAUUCUUACUGAAUCACGUAAAUAGAAAUAAUAAAUCCAAAUUUUUUUUUCGGAAUUUGAGCUGGUCGAGCUAAGUUAAGAUUUUAUUUCCAAGAUUACUCACCAAACGAGUAAAGUGAAAUUUGUACAGUUUUGUAUCAUAAUGUAUAAUAUUCCGAUACUCGUACCUGCAUAAAUGUAUGUAUCCAUUAUUAUUAUUAUUAUCCAUCAUUAUGUCUAGCGCUAUGCAAGUUGUUUUUUUUUAAAUUUAUGAAUCAUAAAAAUUAUUAAAAUUUAUCUAUUUGUACUACAGGAUACGUAUAACAAUACAUUUUAAUAUAUUUAUUGUAAUGACUUUUUUAUACAUAUUGUUUCGUUAUUUAUUUUCCUGUAUUUAUUAUGGUAUAAUGACACGAAUUUCACUACUAACUUAUUUUAAUUUCAUGGAAAUGAAUAAAGGCGUACUUGUAGUUUUUUUUUUUUCAAAAAUCCAAGACCGAAUUUCAUCGUAAUAAAUUUUCCUUUACAUUGUAGACGAUUUCGCCUUGGGUGUGAAUACCGAUUUUACAAUCGCGUGUAUUUUUUUUCAACACGAAAAGUGGUAUUUUUAUUGGUAUUUGGUAUUGGUAACGUGUAACAAUAUUUUUAGUCGGUUAGAAAUAACAUUUAGGCUAUUUGUCUUUAUGUUUAUACAUUUGUAUAACAUUGUUUAUAUACAUUUUAAAAACAGUUCAUUUUUGUAAUUUAAAUAUUUUAAAAUAUAUUAUUUGUUGUUAUAAAACUGACCAUAUUGAUGAAUUGUAUGUGCACGAUUAUUUUGGAUUAACGGUUUUGUAUAAAUAUUCCUACUAUAGCCCAAUGUAGUAUAGUAAACGGUUUUGUAUAAAUGUUAACCAAGUACGAAAAAUUUACAUACACAUAUUAUAAUAAAUAUUAAAAAAAAUUAUUCAAAUAUCAAUUUAUAUAGUUUUUAAAAGAAUAUGAAUAUAAAAGUACCAACUAAUAACGAGUGUAAUAAAGACGGUUUUACACAUCUGAUACAUUUAUUUCGUUGAUAUUAUAACGCUCUCUUCUACAUGUGUUCUAUAUGAGUGUAAUAUUUUCAUACAUAUUUUCAAUACGAAUAUUGUUCCGAAUACCAUUGUCCGAUCGUUGUUUUUCCAUACGAAUAUAAUAUUCUUCUUUAUAGGAAUGAUAUUCGUUUCGUUUAUUCGAAUCCCAUUGUUCCGAUGUAACAUGUAAUUCUAGCGAAAGUGUUCCAGUGCAGCGUAUACGGUAUCAUAUACCUCCGUCCAAACAUUAUGUGCGUAAUACGGCAAAGUCAUCUUUGACGAAUUUUCUAUAGACAAAAAAAAAAAUAAUAAUACCUAGACGUCAAAUAGUAUACGAUCAUAUUUCGGCGUGGUUGAAAUAUUAUGCAAAGUACGGCAUUUUAGCAGUAACGGUAUACUUACUAUACAAUCAGUUAGGGAUUAGUACUUUAUAGAUGCUGCGUAGCCUCGCGUAAUAUUAAACUAGACGAUAUUGAAAUAUGAUGGUUUCCUUUCACUGGAAAAAUACGCCAUUAGCAGUGGCGGCGGUGGCAUAUAAUCAUAACAAUAAUAAUAAUAUAACGAUGUGUUUCUCACGGUGUCUGGGCACCAUUAUCGACGAAGGGGUCACGAGAGGUUUCAGAAAGUGAAAUCAUUGUUUUUUUUUUUUGGCGGCACGACCCAAGUCCGAUUUUUAUUCGGGUGUAGCAAGUGGACACAAAUUAAUAGAAAGCGCAUAUGCUUACCUAAGUCUGAAUCACACUCAAAUCUAAUAGAACAAUCUCCGACAGUAAUUUCCAUCAUUUUGGUUUUUGCUAAUAUACGCGCAGUUAAUGCUAUCUUACAUAGUUAUUAUUACUUCGGAGCGAUUGUAUAAUAAUUGCCGCCGAGUAUACAGUUUACGGCAUUUGGCUAAAAAUAAUUAAUCGAAUUAGAUUGAGCUUUUCUUGAAGAAUUAGUUAUAAUAUAUUCGCGUACAGUUUCACCGGUCCCGCGAAUUAGCAUUGUGUUCCAUUCACCAACACCCUCAUUCUAGUGGAGAAAUUCGCUGUUUGUCGUAACUGACACAUUAAAUAAUUGCAUGUUUACCUUUGACCCCUGGAAGAUGUGUUUUAAAUUCAAAUCACAAUGGGUAAUAUUCAUAAAAUGUUGUCUUGUCACACCCGUAAAAUGGAAAGUAGGACAAUCGCCUAAAUGAUUGAUGUUGUAUUUAUGACGAAUUGGUAUUUUGUUUUUGUGCAGGUAUCGGACCUUUGCAAGGAUUAUCGGCGAUCUAUGAACGCGGAAAUUACCGAGUCCAUGAACACAUUUUGGGCAGAGUGCUACGAGUCCUACAAAAAUGCCUUAGACACCAGGAGUAGACUUGUGGCCGAAAGUCGAAAAGCAUUUCAGGUAAUAUACAAGUAUAGAAUGUAUAAUGCACUGUAAAUAUACAUUAUACGCCUUUUCUUUUUAUAUUAUUAUUAUUAUUCAAGUGGGUUUGGUUCAUUAUGUAUUACGAACCUAAUGCAAUAAUUUAGUUACAUAAUUUCCUAGUACAGCAGGUACUACAUGCUUAAAAUGCCUUCAUAACUUUUUUGCAGUACAUUAAUAAAUGACUUGUGUUUUCUGCUUAAUUUUUGAAGUCAAUUUUAAAAUCGUAACUGCCGUUCACUUUCUAUUUUCAAGUGCUAAUCUAAUUUUUUACUUUUGAAUAUGUUUUAUAUUCGGUUAUUAAUAAAUACAUAUAAUAUAUUAUAUUAUCAAUUAAUUAGUGCGCGUACCCAUACACUCUUAUAUUUUGUUGCGGUUAUUAAACUCACUUUCUUUCGUAUAAAUUUAAUAUUACGUCUAAUCAUUAUGGUAAUUAUUAUUUAGACGUCAAUAUUGGAGCCCUAUAAGAACAAAAAACAAGAAGAAGAAUCACGAAUAUAUUUAAUGGAAAAUCAGAAAAAAGCUCAAAGAUUACUGGUUCGUGCUAAAUGGAGACAGAUCAAGGGAUACUUGUGCGGAGAAAGGGGACCAUGGAAAUCAAGGUCAGUGUGAAAAAUUAAUGUUUGUAUUGUAUUAAGAUAUCCAAACACGUUUAGUUUUAACAUUUUAUAAAAACCCCAUUGAUUAAAAUGAUUGCGUUGAUCGUAAUAAUACGUGGUUUAAUAAGGUUUCGUAUUGCAGACCAGUAUAAUAUUAAUCUAAAAUUAAUUAUAAAUACAUCGAAAUUAUGUUGAGAAGGUAGGGUACAUAAUGUUAUUUAAUUUGUGUUUGUAAGCAACGAUAAACCAUUGUUAAUGAAAACGGAUUCUGAGCGAAGUUUGGUUAUACAUGAUUUGAAAGUUUACAAUGCUUAUGAUUUUCAUCAAAAUUUGAUCUUUAAAUCCUCGUAAAAAAAAAAAAAAAAAAAUACUACAUUUCACUGUGUAUUAAUUUUUCAGUCACUAAGUACAACUUAUAAUCUUCCUGUUAAACUUUCUGUUUGGUCAAACAAUUAUACUAAAGUAGUACCUACUAAACAAAAACUUAUUGAAAAAAUCGCAAAUACAAAAUGUUUAUAUAUAGUUCAAAUAUCAAAUUAAAAAAUUUACCACGUCUAAAAAAGGCAAAUAUAUAAGUUUGCUGUCAAAAUUUUAAUUCACUACGAAUAUUGAAACUGAAUUACAACAAAACAACAAAAUUGAAAAUAAUGAUACCAUUAAUUUCGUAAAUUUUCUCGUUCUUUCUAUGUUUUUUCCAGUUUUGCUUAAUUAUUAAAAAAACUACAAAGAUAAUCAAAAAACGAAUUCCUUAAUCAUCAACUUUAUUCAAAAUGCAACAAAAAUGAUAUCUGUUCGUUUUUAGAUUAGAGCAAUAUUUCUGGUAGAAAACAUAAACCAUACAAAUUUAAAAUAUUGAAAUCAUAACGCCGUAAAUUUGUCAAUUUCUAUUUUUUAUUUUUUCCGGGUUUUUCCAAUAAUUAACUGCUUGAAAAAUUAAAAGCGACUUACUUUAUCACUAAUUAGAUGAAACAUAAAACAAAAGAGGUUUCUUGUUGUUUUUCUAUUGGAGUAAUAUUUUGUAGAAGAAAUAAAAGUUUAAAAUUUAAAUUUAAGCAAUUAUUGAUAAUAUGAAGUCGUCUAAUACAUUGUUCAUAAUAUUAUAUUAUCGUGUUCUUUUUAAUUAUAUUUGUAUUUCACAUGUUGUAGAAUCAAUUAUUUAUUUUUCAAAUAUUAUUUUAAAAACUGUUUCAAAAUUACUCUUUGAUGUAAUUACGCAUGCGUAGUUUUUUUGAUUAUGUGAUUUUAUAUUAUACUUAGAGGAAUUGUUUUGCAUGUUAUAACGAUACUAAUCUUAUAGGAAGGAUAAUCUGUAAUUUGAGUACAUUCACUGAUAGUGCAUGUCUUGGUUAAUAAUAGAAUUUUUAAUUAACAAUUCAAAAUUUAAAAACUGCAUAAUAUAGUAUAACAUACAUCAUAGUUUUUUAGAAAAAUUAAACCAUUUGAGGCAGGUAGACAAUAAAAAAAAAAUCGUAAGUGAUUUCGUUGGAUGAUUUUCAAAAUGCACACCAUAUAAUAUGUAUAGAAAGUCAAAUUAAAUAUAAAUGAUGUUAAUUAGAAAUUAAAAAAUACGUAUAAUGUCUUACUAAGUGAAUAAAAGUUUUUUACAAAGAUAAAAAUGAGUGAUAAAAUUUAUUGGGUUAAACUUAAAAUACAAUUUCCUUUAUAUUUGAUUUGUAGAUAAGACUAGUUAAUUAUUCGUUCAUCAAUUUUAUGGUACAAAAGUUUUGUACAUAUAUGAGAAUAUAAUUAUACUAUACAUAAUUUAUAAGUUAUGACUCUCGAUGAUUUCAAUUAGGAGUGGUAGAAUAGGUAGGUAUAAUAAUAUUCACCAUUGUGUUUAGUUUUAAAUAUAUUUAUUACAAAAAAAAAAUGUGUACUUUUUUAAUAGGUAUUUAUUUAAUUAA